GGUUAUAUUUUAAAAACAUAUGGUAGAAAGUAAAUAGUAUUGUUGUACUAGUAGUUUGUACUAAAAUUAUUUAAAAAUAACGCCUCAUCAUGAAUGGAUUAUCAUUAAGGAUAAGUGGUGGCGGAUCUAAAAUAAAAAAUCCCCUUGGAUUUGAGCCGGUUUCGGUCCCACAAGAUGUUAUUAAAAAUAUUGACGCAAAUGAACUCCACGAAAACUUCUUCAAUUCUCAAAGCGUUGACAAUCAAUUGAGCAUCUUAAAAACUAUAGUUAACAAUAAUGUAGAUGCUUAUGAUGUGCAGACCAUAAAAUUCUUUGUGAUCGUAUAUUUGCAUGCUGAAGCAAAACAUCCGGUGAAGAGUUUCCUUUCGAGAUGUGUAACAAAAAAUAAGAGCAUUGAAGACCCAUUUUCAAAAGCUUUAUCAUUAGAAAUAGAAUCAAUGGUUAAAGAGAACCCUACAGACCAUAAAAGCUAUAUUGAUACAGUAUCUAAAAUAGCCACAUGUGUGGAGAAUUUUCCGGCAGGAGCAAUAGCAAUAAAAAAUGUGGAGUUAUUUUUGGCAGUAUAUUUAUUUAAUUGUCUGAGCUGUUGUGUCGAAACACUUAGAAGUAACAACUUAUCACCGACAGAAAAAAAUGAAUUAUUCAACUUGGUACAUUUAACCUUACGUCUCUUGCUUUACUUAGUACAGAAGGUUCAUCACAAUAAAGAGGCUAUGAUUAAAUUAUUCCCAAAUAUAAGGAGUUCAGUGAAAGAAAUCUUGUUUGACGAUGAGGCUCCGAUGGAUACAAAAUCUGUCUGCGGGUUGCUACUUGUGGGUAUGCAUCUUUUGGAGAAUGAUGAAGACUCUUGGGUUGAUCUUCUAUCAGAAUCAGUAUCGAAUCUACAAGAUAUGCUAUCAAAUGACUCAGCUAAACUAAGCUUAUAUUCUGCUAUCGUCACAGUGGUGCCUGUAAACCAAUUACAUACAAAAACUGUUGGUAAUGAAGUAGCUGUAUGUGUCCUUUUGGACAACAUAAUGGCUGUCGGAGAAAGGAUGUCUGCACAUUCUACAUUCACACUAAGCGUCACGCGCAGUCUCGUGCAAAUCAGCAAAAGUCUAGACAAAGCAAAAGAUCUGGGACUAACACUGAUAGACAGGUUGUUAGUAUUUGUGUGGUCGCAUCUUGAGCACUAUAUGGACAGCGUGAGGCACCUGACGGCGCAAAUGUUGAAUAAUAUUGUUAAAUAUUCUGCUGCUUUGAAGAAACAAGGUGAUGAUACAGCUGUUAACAACAUCUUCACAGCACUCAACACGCUGGACAGGCAUCAAAAGAGUUUCUACCUCACACUCACCGCACUCACUAAUGAGUUGGGUGCGAGUUACGUGAUGGAAGUGUUCCCCGAUAUUGUGGAUGAUGUUAUGUGCAUGUUGGACGUGCAAGCGGUACAGGCUAGUGCGCGCACGUGCCUGUCGGCGCUGGCGCGCGCGGGGCGCGGCGGGGCGGGGGGCGCGGCGGGGGCGGGGGCGCACGCGUGGGUGCGCGCGGCGCUGCGGCACGCGGCGCGCUCGCCGGCGGUGCGCGCGCUCGAGGAGCUGCUCGCGCUCGCGCUCGCGGACGCCCGCGGCCUCGACUUCGUUUUACCCUACAUAAAGCAAUCUACCCAAAACGCGAGCGAUCUAAAAUGCGUUCUAUUGCUGUUGAGCGUAGUGCGAAAAUCGCGUGGACUGGAUCAACCCGACACCGAUGAAAUGUGGAAAGGUGUACUGAGUUACGAUGUACUGGAGAAUGCAGCUGUUGAUGCUACGGAUGAGACUCGUAUCCUCUCAUUAUCAUUGAUAGUAGAGUCGCCGAAAACAACGGAAGUGUUCACGGAAAGGGAACUGGAUUUUGUGCUGCACUUCUUAAAGUACAACUGCAAUGCGCAGGCGCCGCAUUUCAGACAGCUCAUGUUGUCUCUGCUCAAGAAGUUCGUAAAACGCCUAGAAGACAGUUACAAGGCCCUCAAGCGCACCUCCAACAUCGACUACUACCCUCAAUUCGUCGAAAAGCUUCGGGAACAAUGUUUCUCGAACCUUCUCCGCGGUGCCAACUACAGUCGCCGCUUGGUCGCGCUCCAGACGCUGAGCUGGAUUGAUGGGCUGGCUUUAGAUGGGUAUCAGAGAAUAUGGAAGGACCUCUACGUAGAAAGGCUGCUGGCUCACUUGGAGGACAGUUACGAGAAUAACAAGAUAUUGGCCCUGGAUGUCCUCGACAAAUGCCCCAAGGAUAUGUUUCAGAGGGAAUAUGCGACGAGUCUCAAAAUGGCGGACAUCUUGGCCGAAGCGUCGUCGGUGAAACCAACCGACUGCACCAGCGCGGCCUACAAGCUGCUGCUGCUGAAGCAGCGGUGCCCUGAAUAUGUCAUCGCCUUGGAGCCCUGCAAAAAAGAGCAACCGGAGAGGGUGUCCUACAUUCUAAUGGGCCGGUUAGUGUCCCAAUUGGACGUGCAGCUGGCGACGUGCGGGCGCAGCGUGGUGCGCGCCGCGCGGGACGCGCCCAUGUACGGGCUGCUGCACUGCCUCAGAUAUCUCGUACAGGGACUUGAUGCUGGAGCAAUAUCCUCAGACGGGGAUUGGACGGAAUUAAUACGGCGCAUCAUAAGCGUAUGUCUGUCCGUCAAUAGCGCAGUAUCGGGUGUGGUGAACAACUCGUCGCCGGAAGGUCAUUUGCCCAUGGACAUGGGCAAUGUCGUCACCGACCAUAAUAUGGCUAACGCGUGUUUACAAGAUGGCCGCCCAGUGACGGCGCAAAUGGUGCUGCUGUGUGCUUGGAGAUCCGUCAAGGAGGUGUCGCUGUUGCUGGGCGCGCUGACGUCCCGCCUGGCCAUAGAGGGGGAGGGGGGGGCUGGUGGGGCGGGCGGGGUGACGCUGGGCGCCGCGCGCGUGCGGGCCGUGGGCGCGCACUUCGCGGCGCUGCUCGCCGAGACGAAGCACCGGGGCGCCUUCGAGCAGGCCUAUGUGGGCUUCACCAUGUUCCUGACGCGCCUGUGGCGCUGCCGCAGUCCCGAGCUGCACGAGCUGCCCAAGCGUUGGCUGGAAGAACUGCUCGAGGUCAUAGAAGCCGGCCACAACGACAAGCUCUGCGCCACCAGGCGUAGCGCCGGCCUGCCUUAUAUGAUACAGGCGUUGGUUAUAACCGAGCUGAAGGUGACCGGCAGUUCCAAAGGUCUCACUCGGUGCAUGCGCCAGCUGCUGCGGCUCGCCGCGAGUGGGACUGAGGAUUACAGGGGGAGUGCGGUUGGAAGUGGGACUGAGGAUAAUAGCGGAAAUACGUUUGGGAGUGGGACCGGGGAUAACAGUGGGAUUUCAGUCGGAAGUGGGACUGAGGAUAAGAGUGGGAGUAGGGCGGAAACUCGUGCGCACUGCAGCAACAUCCUGCGCGCGCUGUACCGCGACGCGGCGCUGGACGACGCGGUGGCGCCCUUCGUGGCCGACGGUCUGGUGCUCGCGGUCAGCGGGUUCGAUGCCGACACGUGGUUGGAGCGCAACGCGGCGACGCUGCUGUUCAGCGCGCUGUGCGGGCGCGCGUUCGGUGCGGCGCGCCCGCGCACGCGCAUGACCGGACGGAUAUUCUUCCUGCGCUACCCCAAAAUGGCCGACUUCAUGCUGAAUAAGCUAAACGAAGCGAACCAGAGCGGUGUGUUAGUCCGCCAGUCCGUAUACCCGGUACUGCUGUUGCUGGCAAGACUUUAUCCAUCUGCUUUGGAAGGAACCGUGUCCAAUAUUAAGUUGAGCACGUUCGUGCCGCGCGUGGUGCGCUGCGGCGCCAGCGCGCUGCUGCGCGUGCGCGAGCUGGCCGCGCGCGCCGCCGUGCCGCUCGUGCCGCCGCUCCUGUACAUAUCCCACCUAGAGUCCAUGCUGAAAAUAUUGGGUGAUCGAAACAUAAAAAGGAAUUAUUGCCAUGGUAUCACUUUGCAGAUACUAAAGCAGUUAGAAGCAAAACCGGACAUACACACAGACGAACAGACACAAAGGAAUCUGUCUCGGCUCGUGCUGGAAAGCUCGUGGGUGGUCAGACAGACACUGUCCGAGGUGCCAUGCUAUUUGAUCACUGAUGACUAUGUUAAAAUGCUUGAUUUAUUUAUCUGCAGGUUCCCCUCGCCGUUAAACACCGAAUUCAUCAAAGAAAUAAAACCUCUCUUACACGAUAUAUUGUUCGAGAAACCCACGUCAAUAGUAAGGUCAGGCAGAGAGAUGUGCCUGUCGAGCGUCGUCAAGCUGUACACCAGAAUACUAAACAUACACAACGAUGUGCCUGAGACGUGUGUGUUCGUACAAAAAUGCCUGAAACACGACGCAUAUGAAGUGACUCUCGUUAUAAUGAACUAUUUGUUAAGUGUACACGAGGAAUCUGGGGGGGAGUAUGAGAAAAUGCCCAUCCUGGAAAACUGUCUACCGCAUCUCCGGAGAGAUUAUGAUUAUGUGGAAUUGUUGUGCGAUAUAUUAGAAAAUGGUAGAUAUUUAGAGUGCAAGCAAACUGCACUUAAAUUGCUGAACUUUGAAGAUUCGCAAGCAAAAAUUGUCCAGGCGAACUUUGAUUAUCUGAGGCAAGAACAUAACGAGAAAAUGACCCAUGUGUACUUGAAAAGUUUGACCAAUUUUGUGAGUAAAAAAUUAAGGGAUAAUUGCUUGGAGAGUGAUACAAUUUUGGAAGAAAUAAGGACGAUUUACGGAUGCGUGUUUUCUGAUAAAAACGAAGAAACCAGGGGGGUGGUUGUUGAAUUUCUUGAAGGAUGUUUUGAUAGUUUGUUCACUCUGAAUGUUGGUUUGAAGGGAAAAGAUUUAUUCGAAUACAGAGCCACCGUCUGGGCCAUGCUAGUGAUACUCUUAGAGGAUGAUGAACAAACAUACAGACAGAGGAUUUCCAACGUCAUAACAAACUCCGCUCUACUCGACACAUCGGACAGACAAACUGACAACACCACAGAUUAUAGAUUUGACAAAACAUUCGACACAGAGCGAAAGUGCACUGAUGAUGAAAUGUCAAUUGUGACAGGACGCAGGUCGCCGGGCACGUCAAGUUGCACAGACUAUAAAUUGGACACCUCGUUCGAUACAGAUAAUAAAUGUGGCACCUCGUAUGAAGGUAGAGUUGAGGUCAUACCGAGCAGGGCUGUAGAGUAUUUGAUGAAACUGAUUGGGAAGUCCGAUGAUGGUGUGAAGAUAUUGUGUGUUUUGGCGCUACUGGAUUUCAAGUCGGAAGUCUCUAUGUACGAUGAAGUAGACGAUGAGUGGCGUGUUUUCGACACAAACGAGCGAUACAAUAUCUUCUCGGAAGAAAUCGUCCUCACUGCGACCUGCGCACGCGCACUCCAGCAGUACUGCGAUAAACCUAAUUGUGAUUAUAUAAAUCAAAUUAUCAUUGAUCCAGUGUAUGUUGACACUUUCGAAAAUUUAUGCGAUCAGAACCUUGUCGCCUUCAAAAGUUUGAUUUCUAAAAAUAACAAUAGCACAGUAAUUAAUCCGAAAGUAACAUUGUUAUUUGAAGAAAUUUUAUGUAACUAAUAAUAGAAUAUUAUAUGUUUGAACUAUUGUCACUUAAUAGCACAAAAUUUAACGAAGUUUAGUCUAGAAAGUUGAUCGUUCAAAUAUUUAUACUGAAUAUAUACUAGUUCUUUUUCUUUUUGUUUAGUGGCAAUUCCCGAUCCCAACGAGGACGGAUUCUGCCUUUGUCAAGAUUUGAAAAGAUUGUUACGGUCUAGGAUCCCGAUACGAUCGGCAGCAACUGUACCUUUUCAAAUCUUUCGAGUACACUAUUGUAAAGUACUGUAGGCUUUAUUUCCAUAAAAUGUAAACGAAAUUUAUUUCUGAAAGUCGAAUAAAAAUAUUUUAUUAAUUACUAAUACUGACGGGCAAUAACUAAUUGACACCUUAUGAUAAAUGAAUUGUCCUACUUAUGAAUUUACUUCAAAAUUAAAUUUUGACUGUCUACUUCCUACACUUAUUUGCAGUGGGAUCCCGUACUUUUAUCAGAGACUCUAACCGUUGGUAGUUUUUAGAAACGAAAUUAUGAAAGUAAUAGCAAUAAAUAAUUCUAAAUAUAGUAAAUUUUGAGUGAAGAGGUAACGGAUAAACGUUUUUAAAACAUCAAAUAUCAACAUUUCAAAAUAGUUUUUCCUGUUUUUAUAAGAAAUCAAUUUUGAUUACU